ACGGCCUGCAAGCCCACCUCGCACCCAAAGGCCGGGACGGCGCCACGGCGGCACCUUGAAAUACCUCCGCCUUGGCGCCCAGCGUAACCGCCCCAACCAACAGCUUUCCUCGCCGGAGUCCCCGACAAACCCUCGCCCUCCCUCCACCGCGCAGCAGCCCACUGCCUCCGCCCUCCAGCGCCGGCGACCGAUGGACCGGUUCCACGACAGGCACCACGUGCGGCUGCGGAGCCGCGUGCAGCGCACCUACCUCCACGCCGCCGACGACGGGGAGAGCGUCACCCUCAGCCAGCUCCGCGCCUCCAUGAACGCGGCGUGGGCGGUGCACAUCUACAACGGCGACGACGGCCCGUACCUGCUCCUCCACAGCGCCGCCUACGGCCGCUACCUCGCCGCCACGGCCACGCCGGCGAGGCUCGGCCACCGCGGCCUCCGCGCGGAGCUGCGCGACUACGACCAGCCGGGCGUGGAGGCCGUCAUGUGGCGGGCCGUGGGGUCGGGCUUCGCGGACGACGUCGUCCUGCUCCGCAACGUCGGCGGCCGCUACCUCCGCGCCAACGGCAGGUACCUCCCCUGGAACUCCUCCGGCGUCAGCGUCGACGACGAGGCCAGCGCCAGCUCCAUGAUGUACUGGGUUGUCGAGCCCAUCCCCGCCAGAGACCGCUGGAACAUGCCCUUCCUUCCUGACCCGCCUCCGCUCUUGAUAUACCUCCUCGGGGUCAUCUACCCGGAGCCGGGACGGCUGAUCCGGUUCGUGCGGGCGCAAGACGACGGGCACUACCCCGAGGCCGAAGGCUGGCAGCAGUUCUGGUUCAGGGGGAGGUCCGCGUUUCGCCUGAGGGACGACCUGGGGUUACUCGUCGGCGCCGGCGUGUACUACCUGAACAUCACCAUGUGCGUCCGAGCGGGCCGCCACGGGAGGCUGACCCCGCUCGUUGUCAACCUGCCCGACGGCGGCUAUGGCGAGACCCUCGAGAUUGUCGUCUUCAUGGCCGACACCCCUGCAUACAAUGAGCUGCGACACCCGGAUGUCGACGCGGAGUAGAGAAAGAUAGAAGCGGGAGUCAUGAAACUUCACCUUCCACAAGUUUCGCCGCCUCGACGACAGCAGAACUGGAUGCUUAUUUCUGCCUAUAUAGUUAGAUAGAUCUAUGUUCAAAAACUCUCUCUGUUUCUUCUGGUAGCUGAACUUGCUCCGUUCUGGAUUCAGAACUGCUGAGUGUUGUGCCCAAUGGCUGAACAAUUUUGUAGGUCGUUGCAGUGUCGCUCUUUCGACAUUCAUCUCUGAGAUGAUAUUUCUGGUAUGCUUCGUAGAUGAUCUUGCAACAUUUUUAGAUUAUGCAUUCAGCGUCAUUGGAAAAUGCAGUGGCUUUGUCGCUUUGACAAUGAGCUAAUGGUCCUGCAUUCAUUUUUUAGACUAUGUAUUUCGUGUACAAAAG